GUUUGUCAAAGAGAUAUAAAGCACAAAAUAAUAAAAUUUGUAGAAGCAAAGAUUAAAGAGCCAUCACAGCAAUCAAAGACUUUACAAGCGGUAUUUCAGUGGAUCCACCUCUAUCAUCAACCUGGUGCCGGUGCAAGUACUGUUAUAAAACAUGUCCUAUGGGAGUUCCGCAAAAAAUACAGAUGCAUCAUUCUAAACAAGAUCACUGAUCAGACCGAGUCUCAGAUUUUGGAAAUGUGGAGCUAUGGAGAAGAGGGUGACGACAGAAGGCUGUGUUUGCCCAUUGUUAUCGUCAGUGAUAACCUUUGCUAUGAUGAUUUGACUGACAUGAUUAUUUCGCUGGAAUAUAAGACAAAAAAUAUUCCUGACCGAACAUGCAUUAUUUUGAACUGCAGACGGAAUUUAUCACGAAAAGAAGGAAAAAAUGAACAAUCCGAGUCACAUCACUAUAACUUCUCUUUGGAGCAUUCACUUUCUGACAAAGAGAAAGCAUGGUUUCAAAAUAAACAUGAUCAGCUUGAGGUAAAGAUGAAGAAAGAUAAAGAUUUCAUGCCAGACCGCCUUCUUGCUUUCAUGGUGAUGAAGGAGGAGUUUCAAUCAGAGUACGUAAAAAAAACAGUCAGCAGAAUUCUUAGUAAUCUCCAAGAACAACAUCCACAAGAACUUGAGUUGAUAAAGUUCUGUGCUUUAUUUAGCAAGUUUGAGCGUGACUCUGCCAUUCCAAUUCCAUGCUGUGAUGAGUUCAUGGGCUUCGCCUUUUCUGUAAAGAAGAAAAGAGAAUGUCCAUGGGAGUAUGAUAUAUCAGAGGGCAGUUCACUUUUAAUGAUUAAAGUUGAUAUCUUUGAGGUAGGAAGCGUACAAGGAUUUAAGAUUGUCCACCCAAAAGUAGCUGAUUUCAUUUUAAAAGAUACGACUUCCGAACCCCUUAACUCCAUAGUGGAUAACUAUCUCAGUUCCAAGUUACUUAUUGCAAAAUCACACAGCAGAGAAUAUCUUGCUGCAAGAACACAUGAUCUUCUUAUAAAAAGAAACCCUACAGGGUUUGACCCAUCUAAUAAACCGGCAUUUUCAGCUCUUAUACUUGCGAUAACUGAAGUUGACAGAGAAGCAGCUUGUAGAGUACUUAUUCUGGGGUUCCACAUUCUAGAAGAUCCUAUGAUUGCUCAACAGAUUGCAAGAUACUACAGUCUUGUAAUAGAAGAUUACACAAAGGCAUUGGAGUUCAUAGAGAAGGCUAUCGAUAUGAGAAAAGAAAAUUCUUUUCUUUGGGACACAAAAGGGCAAAUUUAUCGAAAAGAAUUUAUGCGGUCAUUCUAUUAUAAAUACGUCGUACGACAUGAAGUACUAAGCAUUGAUGAUAGUUUUAGGGUGUUGCAAUUGGCUUUGAAGGGUAUCGACAGCUUCCACCAAUCUCAGAGCCGGGUUGAUAGAAAAGAUAACACAUCAUGUUUCUCUGGUGAGGUCGAUAUUACAUUUAAGUUGUUGGAUGUUCUUACUUCACUAGAUGUUCUUUUAAAAUCUGCUAAUGGCCGCCAGAUACUGCAACGGUACUUGAUUGACAAGAGUUAUAAACCAAGUGAACUAAGU